ACAGGUGUGUGCUCUACGAAGUCGUGGCUUUAACAUAGUUCGGCGCGCCCCCACUGCCCGCUUUUGUUAGCGAGCGUUGCCCCAGAUCAGCAGGGCGCGAUUUCACUUUCGGCGCAUGUGUACACACACACGCAGACAACUUUCACUCAAGCCUGCGGUACCGACGGCAAGAGAGUUACAUUGAGAUAUCAGCGCUUUGUCGUGUCGCUCAGCGAAACAUUAGUAGUGCUUGCAUCUAGACGCGUCUACUGCCCGCCGACGUCAUUAUGUGAAUCGCGGCCUAUCGGAAGGAUACACACACGCAGACACACAUAUAUUUAUAUGUAUACUUAGACACACUCAACCGUGUACAUAUAACGUGUGUCGCCAUGACGCCGUUGUAGAGGACUCGGCAUGAGGAUUCGUACAUCUCGUGCACUGGUGAGCUUGCCGCUACAUUGCCGCCCUGAGGACACUACUGUGAUACGAUAAAGAAGAAGUAGGAGGUGAUGAAGAAUUCGAAUCUUACUCGUGCCGUCCUGCUGCUAGCGCUGUCGUGUUUGGACGUGGUCUGGGCGAUGGGGUUAAAACCAAAAGUGACGGUGAAGUGCAGUCGCCCGGACGCGAUGACACUGACGGUGCAGACGCCUAGCAUGGUCGUCGGCUCGAUCUACGUGAAGGAUCAGGUGAAGAACCCGGACUGCAUCGUGUCUCCGUCGGCUGAGAGCACAGAGUUCGUCAUCUUCUUCGACAAGUGUGGAACGAAGCGGGAGAACGACAUCUAUACAAGCACAAUUGUGAUACAGCGCCACCGUACGGUGGUGACGGCAGACGACGUCGCGUACAAAGUGCAAUGUGCAUUUGACACGAGCCCAAAGACGGUGCUCAACUCUGACGUCACACUCAACGAUCUCUCACCGACUGUCAUUAAUCAGACAGCACCGCCGGCCAAGGUGACGAUGAACGUGUAUGACUUCGUCACCGACAGAUUCGUCACCAACCUGCGUCUAGGCGAAGUCUACGAGCUGGAGAUUGAUAUCGCCAACGGACGCGUCUAUGGCGGCUUCGUGCGGGACUGCUGGGCGUUCACCGGCGACGGGCUGUGGAAAUAUCAACUGCUUGACACCAACGGCUGCCCCUUAGAUGCGGCCAUUUUCGGAAAGGCAUACGUGGAUGACCAAUCGCAGAAUAGCGGCCAUUACUUUCUGUACAUGCCGUUCGAAGCAUUUAAGUUUGCGGAGAGCACGCAGGUCCGCUUUCAGUGCCAACUGAUGAUGUGCAGGGGUCCGUGUGAACCGUUUGAGUGCUUUGAUACGGCCGGCACCAGCAUCGGGGAAACGUUCGGCCGCAAGAAGAGAGAUCUAUCGGACGUGGAAGAGGAGGUCUCCAUCGUGAAAGAAAUCGAGGUGUUCGACAAGGAAUCUCCCGAAUUUGCUGAACUACUUGCUCAAGACGAGAACGUGAAGCUACGGCUAGUCAAGGAUACGAACGGUCUGCCGUGGAUCGUGCUCACGGCGCUGCUGGGUACGCUGCUCGCUGUCUCCAUCAUGUCCAAUAUCAUGUUCUACAGCAAAGUGCGCCGCUUCCGCGCGCGAUCUCUCAAGGGCUGCACCCGCUCGCCCGGCUUCGACAACCUCGGUGCUACAUUCGAGGAUCCUCGCUCUGGAAAGCAUGGCUAUGUGGGGAGCCACUCCAGCAGCAGUGCAUCGACGUCAAGAAUGUCCUAGCUAUGCCCACAGCAACACGUAGGACUGGUGCUUCUCUCUACUUAAGUUUCUCCGUAACACGAUACGACACGUGAUGUAGAUCUCGUUACGUCACGACGCGACACGUAAUGAAUAUCUUGUAACGUAAAGUAACGACACGUAACGUAAUGUCUCUUCCCAAUUCUCUGUCAAGUGCAUUUCAUAAUGCGUACCGUGCGCUAGCAACCGCAGCUAUAGCAUAUAGAAUUCACAUGCAUUUCUAUUUUCAUGUAUUCAUUUUCACUUUGUCGUGUAUUCGCGUAUAUCGAUCACAGCUAUAUAUUUUGACAUUAACUUCUCCACCAGGCAUUACGUGGAAUCUAAGAAAUGUAGCAGAAACAGCUUCAAGAAAAAUAUCUCGCUAGAGCUUCAGUCAUAUUAGUCAUAGUGUAUUUCCCCGUCGAGCCUUACGCUGCCUGCUAGUGUGAACGUUGCUGGAAGGCAGAAACUGUAGGUGUGUUCGCGUGUUGUAGCGCACGCUAGGGCAUAGCAUCGCUAAGAAAUCAAGUCCCAUCUCAAACCACAUAGUGGUUCAUUAAGAACGAAAACGACGACUUUGUCUGUGCGUCAAUGCCACCUUCAGUUUUACGCCAGCCGAGUGCUGAUCAUGAUAUGGCCUAUAAGAACAAAAUCAAAUUAUCCAAUUACUCGUAUCCAAGAAUGACGCGUAUAUGCCGCUAACUACCGUGUCCUGACGAGGUAAACAAAUGUAGAACUUUUUACGACAAUUCAGGGAAGUUCGAGAGGAAAACCACAAUACACAUAUACAAUAUUAUUUGUGGUUUUCUCUUGGAAUUGCUUAGAGGACGUUUGAAUACAUGCUGCGUCUAUUGAUCUGUAUACAACAACACAGUUUUUAUAUAAAUAUAUAAUAUAUAUAUAUAUAUAUAUAUAUAUAUAUAUUUUAAUUGUUAUACGAUAUGAAAAAAGGAUUGCCUCAAUUUUACAUACCAGUGUAAUUUGAAAUUGUAGCAUGUUUAAUUGACUUCCGAACAUGUGGCAAUACGUAACAGUGUUUGUUUGAUGAUAUUAGCACACAUGUCUUAACCAAUACACUCAUAGUUUAACCAGUGUGCUUAUUAUUUUUUUCUAUAUUUAAAGAAUAAUUAUAUGUCAAUAAAAUGUUAAAAUGUCAGUAUUACGUGCAUUUAUAACAUUAUUAUUGUAAAUAUAGUAUAAUAGAAACGCGAUGCGUAAAAACGCGCUAAAGAUAUUUUUAGCGGGGAUUUUACAGUGACGCGACAUUGUUUAACGGCAGUAUAUUGUCUGUAUAAAACGCGAUGUAAUUAUGUUUUGUUAUUUAAUAAAGCCCCCGUUAUGUACGUAAGUAUGAAAAGGCAAA